UUUCAGUAACAGCUAUCUCAACAAGAUGAGAUUGACACUUCAUAACACUUAUUAUCACCGUCGAUUAUUUGGGAUUGGGGUAGACGAUGGCUUCCAACCAACAACAAGACAACUUUGAUACAAGUUCUAUUUUUGAUACAGGAAAUGACCCAUUCUCUACUAUAGACUAUUCUUCUACUGAACAAAGUGGGAACGAGUCACCUACUCUAGACUUUGGUCACUUGGAUAGAAUUAACCCACUAACUAUUGCACCUGCAUUAGGUGUAUAUGCACCAGGUUAUGGAAAUUCUCCUGAAUAUCUUUUUGCAGAAGACUAUACGGAUUAUCGUAAAAAGUCCUGGGGAGAGCAGCUCAUGUAUUGGACAGGAGUAUCUUAUUUAAGUGGUGCAGUAACUGGUGGUUCUUAUGGAUGUAUAGAGGGUCUUCGUUCUUCAGGAGGUAAAAGCUGGAAACUACGAGUCAACGCUAUAUUGAAUGCCAGUGGUCGAAGAGGAGCUGCAUUGGCCAACGCUUGUGGAAUUCUAGCACUUAUGUUUUCAGGAUUCGAAUCCAUUUAUGAUCAUUAUAUUGGAGAUGAUGCCGUAUAUAACUAUGCUUUGGCUGGUAUUUCAGCUGGUCUUGUGUACAAGUCAACUGCGGGUCUCAAACCAGCAAGUAUUUAUAGUACAGGUUUAGGUUUGGUAGGAGUGUUGGGAAUCUAUGCUGCAAGACAAGGAAUAUAUGGUCGUCGUUUACAAACACUUGUUUAGCGUUGUUUCUUUGAAAUAAAUUCAUAAAGAAGAAUGGCAAAAUAGCCAUUUUAUAUUCAUCAUAAA